UUCUCUGCCUCUCUCUCUCUCUCUCUCUCUCUCUCUGUCUGAAGCUGAAGCUGAAGCUGAAGCAGAGUCAGUUUUUAAUGGGCAAUUGGGCACGGCGAUCACAAUCACUUAGAUUACAGAAACGGUGUAGUUCGAUCACAACCCACAAUCACUAGCUUGUUUCCCCUUUGCAAAAGAUUGAAGCUUUUCGAUCCAAGCUUUGUUUUCUUAAUUUUUGUUCUUGUUGUUGUUUUGUGUGUGUGUUUCAAUCUUUUUGCUAUGAGCUUCUUGCGGCCCUCUGCUUUGUACCAGUGCCUCCUUGCGUACCCUUCGCUGCGGUGGAUGCCGUGUCAGAGUUGGGAGUUUCUCCGGUGGCCGGGGCUCGAUGGGUUCAUGAGACUCUUGGUCGUGGUGCUUCUCUGGACUAUGUGUUCAGAAAUCCGCUUCAUUCCAUCAUCUUCCAUGUACCCGACUCUUCGUGUUGGUGAUCGAGUCCUGGUUGAAAAGGCCUCAUAUUACUUCAGAACCCCUGCUUUGCAUGAUAUUGUAACGUUUCGAUAUCCAACACAGGAACCUGGAGACUUAGAACAGAUUGUUUUCAUAAAGAGGAUUGUUGCAAAAGCAGGAGACUUGGUUGAGGUUCGGAAUGGAUGGCUCUAUGUCAAUGGAAUUGCACAGAAGGAAGAUUUUAUCGCAGAACCACCCACAUAUGUAUUAGAUUUAACUUAUGUGCCUGAAGGCCAUGUAUAUGUGCUGGGUGACAACCGUAACAACAGCUAUGAUUCUCAUGUUUGGGGACCCCUUCCCAUGAAAAACAUCAUGGCAAGAUAUGUCACGUGUUGUCACAGACCUCCAUGCAGUUAACUCGAUAUUUGAAGACUGGCUAGAGGUACUCAAAGCUAAAGGAUAUGGCAUGAGAGGUAGUGUAGAUAUGCGUCGAAUGCAGUCAUUCGUACCCCGAUUCUGAUUGUAAUUCCAUUUUUAACAUUCAAUCAAGGCAACUUGAUGCUGGAUGCUGUCUGUAUUUGUCUGUACUGUAGUACAAUGCCUAUGACUUGCUGGUAGACAAUUGACAGAAAACUAAACUUCUUGUCGAUGCUCUAUUACAGACAACUCAACUUCUCUGUAGUAAUCGAUCUAUUGGUCUGUACUCUGUUGUAUAAUAAUGCAACUUAACUUCUUGUGAUUGCUUUAACCA